AUGCGGCGAGAAAUUAUCCUAUUAAUUAUUUUUUGGGGGUCGGUUACUGCAAGUGUUGAAUGGGAUAGACUAAAAAUAAUAGAUUCCAAGUAUAAAGAUUCUUCAGAACGUCUUCGAAGUGAUGCGGUGAGUCUUAUGAGGGAGUUGGUUGAAAUAUGUUUCGUAAAUAAUUCGAAUCCAGUGGUGAUCUCCGAGGAUCUACUUGACAACAAUUGGGACCCAGGCAGGAAUCCAUUGAUUGUGAUUGACCGUAAAUUCGACAAACAGAUCACAGGUUUUCUUCCUACGUACCCAAUGUACGUGCUUGCGUUUGAAUCAAUUGAUGAGCUAAAGUCAACGUUCUGGAACAUUAAAUCGCCUUUUCUGAUCGUCGAAACCGACUCACGUUGCCUUAGUACUAAAACAAUUUUGAAGUUCAUGUGGAAGCAGAAUUUAAUAGCUGUUUAUCAUUUGUGCGACCAAAAAAAUUCGACGGUUGUCUUCACGCUGAAUUCCUUUGCAAGCUACGCACCGGCACCGUGGGAACUGAUUGCCGAAUUUGAUGAUGACGAGGGCAAGAAAAUGACACUCUGCAGGUUUCAAUACACAAAAGGUACUUUCCUUCAUAAAAUCACGUAA